GUACUUCUCCUGCUCCCUACAAAAUAAAAUUUGAGCAAAAUCUUGAAGCAGCUGUUGCCCUAGAAUUUUCUUCCUCGCACAGAUUCGUCAAUUUCCAGCUACAGUUUCAUCAACACUGAUUCUCUUGUUUAUUUGGUUGCGUUUGGCGAUUCUAGUUUUCUUCUCACUGAUUUCGCAGAUUCAACAGGCAACGAAUUGAAGCGGAGUGUUACUUAAUUGUCAAUUGACACAUAGAAUUAAAAUAAAAAAUGGUGUAUUGUGAUCACUGUUGGAAGAACGUUUCCGGAAGUCGAGAGGAUGGUGGUCCCCUGACUUGUAGCGAAUGUGGGAAAGUGUUGGAAGACUACCAUUUUUCUCAGGAGGCAACCUUUGUGAAAAGUUCGUCUGGGCAGAGCAAAUUAUCAGGCCAAUAUGUAAGAACUGUUCAGAGUGAGUUCUCUGCUUCACGUCAAAGGACUUUAGAUAGAGCUUAUGAUGAUCUCAGAUAUUUAAGUUCCAACCUUGGAGUGAACGAUGAUAAUAUGGCCAACCAAGCAUUAGCUUUCUAUAGAAUAGCACUUGAAAGGAGUUUCACCAGGGGACGAAGAUCAGAGCAUGUACAGGCUGCUUGUCUAUACAUUGCAUUCCGGUAAUAUUUCUUUUUGCUAUAGGUUU